AUGGGAGUCAAUGGUCUACUACAGCAUCUAAAAGAAAUUCAGGAACCAUGUUCUUUGGAACGAUAUCGUGGUAAAACAUUGGCCAUUGAUACGUAUGGAUGGUUGCAUCGCGCGUUGGUAUCGUGUGCUGAGGAUUUGUGCCUAGGUAGGCCAACAAGAAAAUACAUAACAUACAUUAUUAACAAGAUCCAGAUGUUGCAGCAUUUUGGUAUUACUCCUUACUUUGUCUUUGAUGGAGCUUCAUUGACAACUAAGCAAGAUACAAAUCUGAAACGACGCGUGCUUCGACAUGAAGCAAAGAAAUUGGCGGAAAAGUAUGCUGAGAGAGGACAUCUACAGUUGGCAUACAAGGAGUAUAUGAAGGCGGCUUAUGUGACCUCUCAAAUGGCUAAACUGAUCAUGUGUGAGUUGGACGUUUUGAAGAUAGAGUAUGUUGUCGCUCCGUAUGAAGCUGACCCACAAAUGGUGUAUUUAGAAAAAAUCGGAAUUGUUGAUGGGAUUUUAAGUGAAGAUUCCGAUUUGUUGAUCUUUGGUUGUAAUAAACUAAUAACUAAACUAAAGGAUGAUUCAAGUUGUGUGGAGAUCAAUCGCGAGGAUUUCCACAAGGUUAGACAAAUUCCAUAUUUAGCCAGCUAUACUAGUGAACAAUUACGAUUAGUUGCCAUGCUUUCUGGUUGUGAUUAUACGAAAGGUGUACCUGGUGUUGGACUUAAAUCUGCAUUUCAAAUGGUACGAAGGUACCACACAUUGCAUAAAGUUACAAUUGCAUUAAGAUCAAUGGGGAAGAAGAUUCCUAGUGAUUUCGAAGACGAGGUUAUUAAAGCCAACUUGGCAUUUCAAUUUCAAAAAGUUUUUGAUCCGAGAAUUCAACUGCUUGCUACCUUGAACGAGAUACCGGAGUCCAUCUUUGAACAAUUUGAUUUGUUGGAAUCGUGUUGUGGCAAAACACUCAAUGAAGAGUUGGUGAAGAAAGUUUGUAAUGGUUUAGUUGAUCCAAAUACUCAUGAGCUACUUGUGUCGCGAGAACAAAGCAUGAGUUUGCUAAAAUCGGUGUCUGUCAAAGUGAAGGCAACACAAUCGGAAGCACAAAUGGCAGUCCGCUCCCAGUCUGAACCGGUUGCUCAAAGAAGCCAAAGAAAGUCGGUUUUAGAUAUGCUUAAGGUUUCAAAACAUGUUGCCAAACCUUCGGAACUUAUUGAGUGCCCGACGCAGAAAGAUGCUACACAAAUUAAUAAACAAAAAAUACCAGAGUUCAAGAGGCCCUUGCCUGUUUAUUCCUCAGCAAAGCAAAAGACAUCACCAACUUCAAACAAGAUUCGGAAACUACAAGGCAGCAUAAAUGAUAAAAAGGGUCAAGCUAGCAGGUUUUUCGCUAUACAAUCAAUACCUGAAAAACCAUCACUUCUUGCCUCCCAAUCGAAUUGCGACUUGAUAGAAUGGAAUUCAAGUUUGCUCGAUGAUUCCGAAGUACCGGAUGAAUCACCAAUAAAGAAUGUUGAAACAAGAAAUAUCUUGAAUGAGAUGACUGACAAUGAUGACGAUGGGGAACAACCCAAGGAGCUGAAUGAGAGUGGAAAAGAAGAACUCGAUGAAGCGGAUGAUGAGAUUGUUGCCUCGUCGGCCCCAAGUGCACUAUCGCAAGCACAGGUGAACCCCAUCUCAGAGGAUUAUAAUGAAGAGGAUGCUAAGUUUGACAUUUCAUCAAAAGACGAUGAGAUUGAUGAAUCGCCAGUAAAGAGAAAAGAUUCUUUUAAAGUACACGAAGACUUGGAAGUUAUUAAUCUUCGACUGAAGUUUCAAUUCCUGCCUGCCAAACUUGCCAAAUUCACCGAGCCUACAAAGAGUCAAACUGGGUUGAAUGCAAAUCGGUCAAGACAAGUGUUAAAAGACAAAAGCUCAAAUAUUAAUCGCAGUACCACCAAGGGGAUAUUGAAAAAACCAACAAACAUACACAGUUCAAAGCUUAUGCUUGACAAAGUCAUCAAAUUCAGUCAGCCUACAUCAUUUCCAAAAGUUCAAAUUGCAGCUAGUCAAGAAGAUGAGUACGAACUCAGCGAAGAUGAAGUCACUCUCGAGCCUUCACUCAAGAAGCAUCCACCAGUUAUAAACUUGAAACAAUUUGCAUUUGGAAAAACAAAACUAGACUCAAAUUAG